AUGAAAGUCCUUGAUAUUAGUGUAACAGAAGUUUAGUUUUAAUUUGUAGAAGAUAAGCAACUUAGUAGCAAAAUAACCUUAAAAAAUAAAGCAAAGCUGCCAGUUUAUUUUAAAAUCAAAACAACUGGAUAAUAAUAUUUUAAUGUAAAACCUUAUCGCGGUCUCCUUGAGCCUUCAAAAGGUGUUGAUAUAGAUAUUACAAUAAAACCAAUUAGUUAUCGUGAUGCUGAAAUAGUUUCUGAUCAAAAAUUCUUAGUUUCUGGCUUGGAAAUAGAAAACAAGACUAGUGAUGAUAAAGAGUAUGAUACAAUGUGGAAGAAUGCAGAAAAGUUAGACCCAAAUCCUAUAGAAUCAUAAAGACUAAAGGUAGCAUUAUACAAAGAUGAGAAUGGUAUAAAGAAGUUUAUUACAAACUCCAGAACAGACAAUACUUUGAAACAGUCAAAAAUGUAUUAAUCAGUGCGUUCUAACUCAAAGCAAGACAACAACCUUGUUUCACUUGAUUAAGAUAAUCAACAAAGAAGAAAUUUUGAAGAAAUAGGUAAAAAGUAUAUAGAAGUAGAAAAAAAAAUACGUGAACAAGAAAAAGAAAGAAAUAGAUUACACUAGCAACUCUUAAAACUAAAAUAGUAAAAAACCUAGACAUUAAAAGGUUCAAAUGAAAAAACUAAAAUUAUUCUUAUGGCUCUCUUAGGAUUUAUUAUAUCAUACAUAAUUUUAAAAUGA